UUAUCAAUAAGCAUUAUUUUAUGAGUUAGUUGUAAUGAUAGUUUCCAACGUGCUUGUUGAGUUUAAUUCUAAAUAUGGAAGUGUUAAAGGAAAUAGCUAAUUUUCUAAACGAAAAUACUCGUUUAGAUCUAAAAGCUGUUGCAUUGCAAAAUGUAUUAACAUACAUUGAUUUAUUAUUUCAAAUGUAGAUAUCACAGGCAGCAAGGAGGGCCGUGAGCUUUUAUUUGGUUCUUUAGAUAUAUUAAAACAACUUGUCAUACUUAUGCAAGAUAAUACAAUGGCAAUAGCAAAAGAUGCAGCUUUAUCGGCUAUAAAUAUAAGUGCGGAUGAAGCAGGAGCUAAUGCUUUCUUAACAAUUUCUGAAUCUAUGCGACAGGACGAGGAACAAAAAUGUAAUCAUAACUUAGUAAAAGUUUGUAUCAGCUGUAUAAUGGAUAAAAAUAGCAUAUUAGCAGAUCCAUGUUGCAUGAUACUUUCCAAUAUGACAAGGCCUAGAUAUUUGGUUGACAGAGUUAUAACACUUAUUGAAGAAAGUGAUUAUGCAUGGGACUCCAUCGUAGCAGCAUUUACUGCGAAAAAAUAUAAUGUUACAGGAGCUAAUUUGCAUUACUUAGGGCCUGUAUUUAGUAAUCUUACUCAAUCUCCCUCUGUAAGGAAAUAUAUAAUGGAUAGGAAACGAAAUGUUAUCCAGCGUCUCCUCCCUUUCACAGAAUAUUCAGAUAGUAUAGUAAGGAGAGGCGGCAUUAUUGGAACUUUAAAAAAUUGUUGCUUCGAUGUGGAAAAUCAUGAAUGGUUGUUAAGCGAGGAUAUAGAUAUUUUGUCAUAUUUAUUAUUACCUCUUGCUGGACCAGAAGAAUUUGACGAUAAUGAUAAUGAAAAGUUACCAAUUGAUCUGCAAUACUUACCCGAAACAAAGGAACGAGAAUCAGAUCCAGAUAUUAGAAUAAUGUUACUAGAAGCUUUAGAACAAUUGUGUGCUACGAAAAGAGGAAGAGAAAUAUUAAGAGAAAAGAACACUUAUAUUAUUUUAAGAGAAUUGCACAAAUCAGAGAAAUGCAAGGAAGCCCUUCUUGCUUGUGAAAAUGUUGUUGACAUUUUAAUUAGAACUGAAGAAGAAAUAGGUUUGGAUAAUAUAAAAGAGGUAGACGUUCCAAUGGAAUACAAGGACAAAUUUCAAAAAAUGGAUGAAGAAUUUAUCAAAAAUACUUGAGAAAUACUAGUAUUAUAAGAUGUCUGAUAUCUUGUUAAAUAUUUCUUUAUGAACAUAGCACAAGUCAUAUAUAUAUUGUGUAUAUAUAUAUAUAUAUGUGCGCUACAUAAUAUAUAUAUAUAUAUAUAUAUAUGUGUGUGUAGAUACAUAUAUAACUUGCGCUUGAUAAUAAAAUAAUGCGGUAAUAUAUUUAAAAAAUGUAUUCACGAAGGAUAUGUAUACAUGAUCCACGAUAUUGCACUGUUCCCUUAGUUUACUAACUUAAGCCAUUCAGGUUCAAAGUAGCAAAAGCAUUAAUAAUAUCGAUCUCGUUCUUUCGAAGAUAUUAUUAUUUAAUAUCUGGAAAGAAUCAAGGACUUAUAGAUUAUAAGAGAAUAUAUUUUAAUAUGGUAUUAUUUGUUUUUCAUUAAUUAAAUUUGCAACAGGUACCAUUCUUAUGGAACUUACAUGCGAUACGUUAUUUUCUUCUUUUUCUUUAUAUUAGAAAUCAAGAAAUAAACUAUCAUCGACUAAAAUAUGCUCAUGUUACUUUACUAAACUUGAAUUAGCUAUGUAGCUUUGAGAUCAAGUUUUGAUAUAAAACUGUCAUUGACAGAUCAGGAAACAUUACCAUCAAGGUAAAUAUCCUAAACCAGCUUCCAAACUGAUGGAACUUUUGAUACUAGAUGCGUUACUAGCUCUCCUACAAAUUUUAUUAGAAUCUGAUCCAAAGACAGCAGCAAUUUCAGCACUUUUUUUUAUCGAGAGUGCUUCAUGAUGAGCGUCAGAUCUAACGUUACCAUGAGAGAAACAUUUCUUCUCUCGUUCUGCCCCUCCAACGUAGACCAAACGACCUUGAGUAUCUCUAGCACUUACAACCAACACCUUCUCGCUAUCGGAUGAUUGUUGGGAUUUUCUUCCUGGACUGAAGAGAUCAUAAUCCAAUGCUAAAUUGUCCGAACUACCACAAACCGGAGAGGAUUGAAUCUGAGGAUGAAAAUAAAGAAAAAAGGAAAUACUUAGCAGUUGCAAGUAGAAAAUGAAAAUGAUUUUCAUUUGGACAAGAGGAUCUUUAUAAAUCACCUUCAAUAAUUCAGAGUUAUGUGAAGAAGUAUGACUCCUAGAGGUUUUUGACGAUGUUAUUCUAUCGGGACUUCCACCUCUACUUAAGGUACUCUCCGACGGCACAAUACCUUUUUGUCUCAAUUGUUCCAGGAUGUUGGAUCGUACAGGUGUCCUUCCGCAAUAACAUUUGUUGCUUUCCGAACAACUGUCCGUGUCGCAAGCACACACAACUGUAUUUGGGACGAUAGGUUCUACGAGUUGUCUUCUGGACAGGGAACAAUAACAUUUAUCCGCUGAGAUACAGGUGCAGGAUUCGGAAUCGUAGCUGCAUUCGCUGCAACUUACGUAACCACUGCUGCUUCUAUUUGCAGCUGCCCCAGCAUUGCGACUAGCUCGUUUACCUGAAGAAAAUUUAUCGAUGUCAUUCGAUCGACGAAUUUCUAUUGGCAAUCUGUGUUGACAUCAUUUUACGUACACGUGUCACUGUCCUCCGAAGUUGUAUGACACUGUCCAUGCUUGUUCAUUCUCCAGGACGAUCGUCUCUUCCCGUGCCUAUUGGCCAAGACACGAUUUCGAUGAUUAUUCCUAGCAUCGCAAGACGAACUACUUCCAAAACUAUCAUUCAAUCUUCUAGCAGGAAAUAUAACCGAUGUGAAUUCGGUUGGUCCACCUUUUAACCUCGAGACGGAUCUUUUGAUAGCACGUCCUAAUAGACAAGGUCGACGAGUCGAUCGUCUUCUUUGUGGUCUACGUCGUCUUCUCAUUAUACUAGCAGAUCUUUGAUAGAGUUCAUCUUGUGUCAAGGUAGCAGCGAGUUUUAAUAAAAAUUCUUUGUAUAGUGGCUUGAGAUCGUUAAAUGACAUACCUUCUGGAUCUGAAAAUAAUAUAAUUUAGAUGAUUAUCAUUUUUAUUGUUUGUUAAUAAUAUUGUAAUGAUCAUUUUAUUUCUUACCUAUAAUAGCUGCCAAAAUGUCGUCGACGCUGGUCAAACCUUCCUGAUUUCUAAAUUCAUCGAAGAGUUCAGUAAAUCCCAAAGGAGUUCCACCUUUCAUAUUGUUUACUCUUCUGGUACUUCCAGGUUUUAGAAAACUCGCUCUUCUUGGUAAUUCCACUCUAGUCAUUAAAUCUCCUCUCUCUACGUCUAAAUCACUUUGUGAUCUCUUCAGUCUAGUCUCUUGAACAAUUUUCUUAGUACUUUCAGAUCUACCGACUGGUGGCUCGCUACCGGCUCUACUUCUUCUUCUAACUCGAGGCUGACUGUACUCUGAUAUCUUCGGUUCAAUUUCUGAGUCAUUAGAACCUGUCUUCUUUAAGGGUUUAUCCAUGGUAACAACUCUACAGAGUUUUGUACCAGAGGAUUUUUCUUUGUUUCUAGAACAGUGUUUUUCCUGAGGAAUCUUUUUAUAAUCUUCAUAGGCAUCAUUUUUACGAUUUCUCGAAAAGAAUACGUUCUCCUGAGAACUGUGAACGUGUCCACGAUCCAUUUUCUUAUUACCAGGAACGUAAAUAUCUUCUUGACCAAGACUAUAGAUCUUUUCCGCAUCUCUGAAAUGUUCCUCAUAGAUCUUUUGUCGAUCAUUCUUCUUCGUGCUUUCCAUAUAAAUCGGAUUCUUCGUGUUCGAUGGUUUAUCGAUUCUAUCGUAAAUAGGAAAACAAUCUGAUUUCUUAGAAUAAGAUUCCUUUGUAUUUUCAAUGUUAAAAUUUCUUCGAGAAAAAUCGUAAGAUCCGUAAUUCUUUUCGCUUGAAAGAAGAGCUUCAUCUUUUCGCGCUGGCAAGUAAAUAGAUCUCGAGUUAGUAUCGAAAUCAUUGCUUCUUCUGGAUGAUAAUAAUUUUUCGUAAAUAUUAGAUUGGACUCCGUAAAUACUACUGUUAGUUUUAUCAUCGUAGAUCUUAUCCAUACGACUAGUUGGCCGAUCAAUCUCGAUUUUUUCCGUUUGUUGAAUAUUUUUGGAAUUUUUAAUAUCAUCUUUUUUUUCAAAUUGUUCCAAAUUCUUUUGGAUAAGGCUUACUGGCUUGUCCGGUUUAAUGGGUUCCCUUCUUCUUCCUCUAGCUUCGAGUAUAUCUUCAGCUUGUACGUCCGAUAUCGUUUUCUUUUUUCUUCUCGGUGCUUUUUGGACACCAACAGAUUUGUUAUUACUCUCAUCUUCGGUAGCUGAAUUCGAAAUGGAAUUCUUUUUCGACCUCGGUGGUCUUACCGGAUGAGGUGGAACAUUUGGUUUAGGUAAUGGUGAUGUCAAUAAAUUACUCUUAUUACUUGGACUGGCUUCUCGAAUGCUAGAAACUACCGAAGCCAAGCUAACGCAGCCCAAACCGUUAGUAUGUCUAGGUCUUCUUCGAUUCCCAUCAAGAUCAGCUAAUAAUGCUCUAUACAAGGUAGCCGCAGCAGCAACUGCAUCUUCUUCCGUUUGACAAGCAAAUGCAUGACAUUCUAACAAUCUUGCUGCUCCUGCACGUCUCAUGACCACAGCAAAGAUAGGUGGAUAAACGUCAACGUCACUUUUCAAACCACGCAUUGUCCUAUAAAAUAGAAUUUUAUUUAAAUACCAGUUUCCUUAAAAGGAAGUCAAGAGUUUAACGCGUGUGUUUGUGUGCACGCAUACGUAUGUUUUUGUAAGAACUAGAAUAUCAGUAGGUAUUCAAGAGUAUGAAUCAAAGUGUCUAUAGUAUUAACUCUUCUACCAGUUAAUAAUGUGUACAUGAAUUGAAGAGAAUUUUUAAUCAAUUAAUCCAAUCUCUUACAUCAGACCUGUUCAAGAAAAUAGCUUAUACGAUAAGUAUUAGACAUCAUGAAUAUCUAAUCGCUAGAUUUAGGAUUAUCGUUCUUAAGUUAUUAAUAUAAAUUUACCUGUAGAGAUCAGCGUGCUUGUCAUCGGUUCCUUGACCUUGAUCAGGAUCUCCAACCAGUGGUAGAAAAGCGUAAUGCGACUCGCCCGACUGAAUCUUCCUACAUCGAAGUCUCAAUGCACUCCAGACAGCUAUUCUACGAAAAGGAUUAUUCUUCUCACAGGUCUCACCUGUUCGAAAGGUCAGUCCACGUCUAGAUACUUCUAAUUCUGCUUGAAUUGAUCCAUCGAUUUUCUCUAAAAGCUGACGAAGAGGUUCUUGAAGACCACGAAUGCUUGCUACUCGACCACCAACUGGAGCAGCACCCAUGUACUUCACCUGAUCGAUAAAAAGGUCAAUUUUAGAAUGUUAGAAUUUAAAUCUAUUCGAUUAGAAUUUCAAAUGAUAUAUUAUCAGGUAACGAGAUCGAUAAAAAAAAAAAAAACAAUAAAAUAAAUAAAUAAAUAAAAGAGUCUCUAGGAACUCGCAACUAGAUUUUAUUUAAUAUAGAAGUAAUCUGCACGUCAGUUAAAUGAAAAAUUUUUCCAAAGAGAUUCAAAGGAGUUUAAGUUAGUUCGUCACGCUUCGUGAAUCGUGAACGGAAUGAAAGUGACGAUUAAAAAUUCCGGGAGCAUAUUUGCUAUGCCAAGGAAAGUCCCUUUGUUUCUUUUUUUUUUUUUCCUUUUCUUGUUUCUUUCUUCCCUUUUUUUCUUUUUUAUUCCUUUCCCGUAGCUUCCUCCAUUUUGUUUAUAGAAAAAGAUAAAAGAUCAGGAUUAUCGCAAAACCACGAUGAUUCUAUCAAACGUAGUAGUACGAAUUAUUUCAAACUUUCUUUUUCAAUUUCUGCGAGAUAUCUCGAGAAUAUUUUCUCUGGAAAAUCGUUUUCUAACGCGUAACUGGCCGCGACUAAUUAAACGAUGAUCUAAUUAGUGAAACUCUUCUUAACGUGUACAAAUCUAUUUGAGUUUUAUUUUCUAACAUUUGGAUUAUAUAUUUCAUUUCAACUAAAAGAAUCUCUUUUGUAUCUCUAGAGAGUGAAACUUGACAGUGGUAUACUUGAUGAUUGGUGUUUAACGUGAAUGAAAAUUUCAUGAUUCUUUCAACAUACCUACGUUUGCGUUGUGUAUAAAAGUAGCACAUGGAGUAGAAUCGACGUUUAUAUAUAUAUA